AUGGCGACGAUAUCUCCCCUCAAUAUCCACCACAAGCCAGCGACUGCAACAGACAAGUCUCACCACCUGCCCAACAACCGGGGCUUUGUCAAUCCCUGGCCCUCAUGGGUCAAACCCUCCCUAGCAGAGAUCUGGUCUGGGCUGACAUGGGGAUCGAGUAGCGCCGACGAUGACACUGAAGAGAGCAGUGACGUUGGAGAAGCGGGGAGCUCUGCCACCACAGACUUCGAUGUCGUGGAGCCCGACUUUGGCGCAUCCGGGGAGAAGCAUCCUGGCAGGGUACGAACGUGGUGGCUCGGACAUGCUGGUGUGCUGGUAGAGUUCCCGGGGGCAGAUGGCCAGGAACCACUGCGGAUCCUCUUCGAUCCGAUCUUCUCACAAAGAUGUUCGCCAAGCCAGUACUGGGGUCCAACACGCUUCUACAAGGCUCCCUGUAAAGUCUCGGACUUGCCACCAAUCCAUAUCGUACUCAUUUCGCACAACCACUACGACCAUCUAGACGCCAAUACUAUAUCCGAGCUCUGGAAGGCCAACAAGGAUCACCUGCGCUUUGUCUUGCCCCUAGGCAACCGAGAUUGGAUGGAGUCACUUCUGGGCCCAGAGUGUGGACCGCGGAUGUGGAUUGCUGAUUGGUGGGACGAAGCUGAGUUCUGGUCUCCGAAUGGAGGGAAGGACAAUUUGGACAUGGCUAUCAGGCUUGGUCAAGAGAAGAAGAGGAAGGGGGAGCUCCUCUCCUCUUCCUCGUCAUUGACGCUCGGCGAUCACGAUGAGAGUGACGAUGAGGCAAGGCCACGGAAUAAAGACUACCUACGCAUCGUCUGCACACCAGCUCAACAUGGCUCGGGUCGUUUUGCCUACGAUACAGGUUCCUCUCUCUGGGCCUCGUACAAUGUCUUCUUCCACCCCGCCUCAAGUCCCGAGAACCCCUUCCACCUCUUCUUCGGAGGCGACACAGGCUACCGUCUGCGUCCGCCCCCGCCCGCGCUGCCCUUUCCUCCCUGCCCCGCCUUUCUAGAAAUGCACGAGAAGCUAGGAGACCCCGACUUGCUUCUCCUACCCAUCUCCAUCGGCUCCACACACUCCUACAUUAAGAGCUGGGACCCCAUUGGAAUCGUUCCAAAGGUCGACGGAGGAUUAAUGGCUCAGAAUCACCUCGACGAGUGGGAGGCCCUGGACGUCGCUCGGAUCCUCAGCGGACAAAGUCUUGGCGAUAGGGAGUUCAAGGAGCAGUAUGUCGCACAGCAGAGUCGGGCUGAUCACAGUAUAGACCGCAAAGAGUGGGCUCUGAGGGGUGAGAGGAAACAAAAGGCGGCAAUUACGACCAAGCGACCUCUGGCCGUGGCUAUCCACUUUGGCACCUUCUCCCCGCCUGCAGAGGCGCUGGGCAAUCUCGCUGCCCUGCGCAAGGCGUGUGGAUUUCACAGCUGGAGGUACGCUCGCUCUUACGACCCUGAAGAAGGGACUGACGCACAGAGCAAUGGGACCUUCCUUGUGCUCAAUCAUGGAGGACGGACAGAUGUGGCCAUGCCUACUCGGAAACGAUAA